CAUGAAUGAGAAGGCAAAUUUAUUUGAGGAUGAGUUUGAAGUAUGUAUAAAAGGAGAUGCAGUUUUGGAUAAACUCAAAAAUUUUUUUUCUACCCAUGCUUUUAUUUAUACAAUUUGAACGAAAACAUCAACAACAAAAGCAGCUUUAUUAUUUCACUAUUUUUCUUUUCUUAUUCUGGUAAUUUCUUAGGAGGAUUGAGGGGAGGAAAAAAAAAAAAAAAACCAAACUUAGAAGGAAGCCUACUAAAAAUGCUUACAGAAAAGGGAGGAGGAUACUUAUGCACUUUGAAGAACUAAUAAUUCUUCUCCAGGAACUGAAGUGUUCAACAUUGUAUCUGAAGUUAUGUUGGCUUUCCAGUCCACUUUGUGAUUUAAUUAUGUUCUGAUUCUUUUUUUUCCUUUGCAAUUUUGUUAACUGGAUUGAAAGGGGUAAAAGCGUAAAGGUGGAACAAAUGAUCUUCUGAUGCAUUAUAUCAUAAGAUUCUUAGUUUAGUACACUAAUUUUCAGUUUCUUCUGUCAAAAAUAAGUGUUAAAAUUUUUUUCUUGUUGCUGCUCAAUAUAAUUUGGAGAUUCUAGAUGUGUAAAAGGUGUAGUGUGGUAUUUAAUGGAGUCUGCAGCUGGCUUAGUUUUAUUGCAAUAACUGAUGUGGCAGGAACAAUGUUCUUAUUAUAGUUUGAGCUUUAAUAGGAAGACAACAGGGCCAAAAAUUAGGUUAGGUAGCAUGGACAGGAACAAAAAGCAAAAGACAGUUACUCGUCAAUGGAGACCAAUAUCUACUGAAGCCAGUUCUGUUGAUGAAUCCCUGAUAAAAGAUGUGACUGUUGAGUCAGAAAAUGAAGAUCAACUUCAAGAAGUACACUUUUCAUCUGGCUCCUUUUCAAAUACUAAACAAGUGACUGUAACUGAAGUAACUCAGUCAACUGUCAGUUCUAUCCUGGACAAUAAUACCGAAAAUAAAGUUUUAGAAGGAGGGUCUGUGCUUUCUAUGGAGAAGCAUUCACUUUCCAUUGAGGUAGGUGCCUCUCUAAUUCGGUUUAUCAAAGGAAAAGGAGGAUCUACACAGCAAAAAAUUGAAGAGGAGAUGGGAGUUAAGAUUUUCAUUCCAUCAUCAAAGGAGGAGGAAUCUAUUAUCAUUGAAGGAAGUUCAAUUGAUAGUGUAACUAGUGCUUCAGAAAAGAUACAAGCUAUUAUAGAUGAGGCAGUUAACAGCCCAGGUCUCAAUUAUUCCCACUUCAUAUCUCUUCCACUAGCUAUUCACCCAGAAUUGGUUGAUAAGUUAGUGAAUUUUCAGAACUCGAUAUUGGAAAUUAGUGAUGCUUUCCUGGAUGAGACCGUGGAGAGUGAUCCCAAUGAAGGUACUUCUGAUAAUGAAGAUAAGGACCAAGAGUUCAGUAGAGGAUCUGAUGUUGCAGUUGAACUUAAAGUUGAAGAUGACAAAAAUGUUAAAGUGGAUCUAACUAGCGUGCCUCUUGUUAGUUACGCACCUAAAGCAUCAAAGCCAUCUACUUUAUCUGACUUGGGAAUAGACAAAUCUAUAUUUAUCAAACCUACAGCAUUUCACUUAACUGUGCUUAUGUUGAAGCUCUGGAAUAAGGAGCGAAUUGAUGCAGCUACUGAGGUUUUGAAGAGUAUAUCAUCAAAAGUGAUGGAUGCGUUGGAUAAUCGACCACUCUCUAUCAGACUUAAGGGGCUGGAUUGCUUGAGAGGUUCUAUGGCAAAAGCCCGUGUUCUCUAUGCAACUGUAGAAGAAGUUGGAAAUGAGGACCGCCUUUUACGUGCCUGUCAGGUCAUUAUUGAUGCAUUUGUUGAGGCUGGACUUGUCCUAGAGAAGGACGCUAAACAUAAGUUAAAGUUGCAUGCCACAGUGAUGAAGACAAGCCAUAGGAGAGGGGAGAAGAGAAGAAAAAACGAUUACUUUGAUGCUCGAGGUAUUUUCAAGAAGUUUGGAUCUGAGGAAUGGGGGGAGUAUCUCAUACGUGAAGCUCAUCUUUCACAACGUUUUGUGUAUGAUGAGAAUGGAUAUUAUCAUUGUUGUGCUUCAAUACCUUUUCCCGAAGGCAUGCAGGUGGAUUGAUUUACAACAUGAAAUUUGUAAUCUAACUUAUUCUUGAAUGGGAAGCUGGCAAGAUUACAUAAAUGGAAUUUAUUAAUGUUUGUGUUGCA